UUGUCUUGUUUCUCUACAUGUAAGCUGCACCGAUGGUAGGAAAUUUUCAUCUACAAUAUUAAGAGAAUGUCAGAUUUUGAGCAAUUUGACAUAGACUUUUACCAGUCAAACUAUACGGCUGAUGAUCAAGAACAAGAUUUCAGUGGGUCUGGAACCCCUGGAAGUGUUUAUGGAAGCACAAGGGAGCAAACAGGGGAGAAACGACAAGAUGCAUUCACUCGCCCAGAAAUGCUAUCAUCUCCACAGUCCUACACAGGCCAGAUUUUCCAGCCAGCACACCGUUCUGAAUUCCCAUCUAAUAACACUUAUCCUGACAGCUUUGAUGAAGAACCUCCUUUGCUAGAAGAACUGGGGAUCAACUUCGAUCACAUCUGGCAAAAAACUCUGACAGUCCUCAACCCGAUGAAGCCAUCAGAGGCCAGCAUUAUGAAUGAGACGGACGUGACGGGGCCGAUGGUUUUCUGUUUGGCCCUCGGAGCCACACUACUGCUGGCAGGAAAAGUUCAUUUUGGUUAUGUGUAUGGCAUGAGUGCCAUUGGAUGCAUCGCAGUCCAUGCUUUGUUGAACCUCAUGAGCAUUGCAAGUGUUUCAUACGGAUGUGUGGCCAGUGUACUUGGUUACUGCCUCCUGCCUAUGGUGAUUCUGUCCAGCUAUGCAGUGGUUUUCUCUCUACAGGGCACUCUAGGAACAUUGAUAGCGCUGAUCAUUAUUGGAUGGUGCAGUCUGUCAGCUUCCAAAAUAUUCACUUCAGCUUUGGCUAUGGAAGGCCAGCAACUCCUGGUGGCCUACCCCUGUGCUUUACUGUAUGGCCUGUUUGCACUUCUGACUGUUUUCUAAACAGCCCAAUUUGCCUAGUCUGCCCUGUCCAUAUAAUUUCUAAUUGCAAGAUUGAAAUCUCUGGGAAAUCUUUUAGAGUAGCUGUAGACUGAGAAAUGAUCAAAUGAAAACUCAGGACAAACAGCUGAAGAAGAAGGGUGAUUAUGCCAUUUUGCCUUCCCUGAACCAGCUGGUUUGAGAAAAGAAAGAGAAAAGUCUUGAGCAAAGCCAGGAUGAAAUCUUUGGAAACCUGUAGUUACUGGCUAACAAAGCUCUGAUGUCAUCGUACUGAAACAAGCUCUCUCUGGCACGGAUUCAGUUAACGAGGUACUAUGGAAUGUUUAUAAAUAUUCCAAAUGUGCAAAAGUUGCUUUUAAAAAACAGGCUGUGAGAAUAUUGUGCAUGGGAGUAAGUAAGACUGUACGCUGUUAGCUGGAAGGGGUGCAGCAGAAAAAUGAGUAGAUAGUGCUCGCAUCAGUUCAGACAUAUUACAAAACUGGGAUUAAUCGAACUCCAGUUAGUUUGUGAAACCAGCUGGUGUAUUUCCAAAAGCUAGGCUCAUUGUCUUCUCUUCGCCUUUCUCCUACCACCUCAGUGUAGACUGGCUGCUGUUCUUGCAAACAAUGCAAUGAUGGGGAACGAGCCAGGACCUCUGUAUUGGAGCACCACAUAAAACCACAGUUAAGACAUGCAGUGGUAAUGAACAGUGUCAUCUUUGAAGAAGAAGAAGAGUUUGGAUUUAUAUCCCCCCUGUCUCUCCUGCAGGAGACUCAAAGGGGCUUACAAUCUCCUUGCCCU